CCUCCAUUUCCACUUCACUAUUAUCAUCACUCUUUCUUCUUCGUCUCUAGUCUUCCCAAAGUUUUUUGUUUUUUGUUUUUCGUUUUAAAGAAAGAAAAAAAAAAAAAGGAAUAGCCAUUCUCCUGCCAACUUUCAAGAACUCGAACCCAGAACAAAUUCUCAGAACAAAUUCUUCAUUUUUUGUUUACUUCUUGUCUUCUUCUUCUUUAUUUUCCUUCUUUCUCCGAGGCCCAUAAAGCCCAUCUUUACUAUCACUGACAAUGGUGGACGUAGACCGGAGGAUGACCGGUCUAAACCCGGCCCACGUGGCGGGCCUCCGGCGGCUCUCCGCUAGAGCAGCCGCAGCUGCCUCCGCUUCGACUCCCUCCACGCCUCUCCCUCCGCGCAACAGCCUCCUCUCCUUCACUUCUUUAGCUGAUAAAGUGCUAACCCAUCUGAAGAACUCGGGUGUUCAAGUCCAACCCGGUUUGAGCGAAUCCGAAUUUGCACGGGCCGAAGCGGAGUUUGGGUUUGGCUUUCCACCUGACCUUAAAGCUAUUCUCUCAGCUGGGUUGCCGCUGGGGCCUGGAUUCCCGGACUGGAGGUCUGCCGGGCCGUCUCGUCUUCAGCUCCGGGCCUCUAUUAAUCUCCCUAUCGCCGCUAUCUCCUUUCACAUAGCCCGAAAUUCUUUGUGGUCCAAAUCUUGGGGGCCCAGGCCAUCGGACCCGGAAAAGGCGCUCAAGAUCGCCAGAAAUGCCCUGAAACGGGCCCCGCUUUUGAUCCCCAUUUUUAACCAUUGUUACAUUCCCUGUAAUCCUUGCUUGGCCGGGAAUCCCAUUUUCUACGUCGAUGAGCAUCGGAUUUUCUGCUGCGGUUUUGAUCUCUCCGACUUCUUCGACAGGGAAUCGUCGCUGUUCCAGAGCUCAGACCCUCAGAUUCUAUCCAGACAACGAUCCGUGAGUGAGAGGUCAGCUGGGUCGUCGUCGACGAACUUUUCGAGAAGAAGCCUGGACGCUCUGGCCGCCGGCGGAGGCAGAACGCCGAGAUGGGUGGAGUUCUGGAGCGACGCGGCCGUGGAUCGACGUCGGCGGAAUUCGAACUCGUCGUCCUCGUCAUCGUCGUCGCCGGAGAGGUACUUCGAGAUGCCCAGGUCGGAAAUUCCGAAAUGGGUGGAGGAGUACGUGGAGCAAAUAGGGUCGGUUUUGAGGGAAGGAGGGUGGGACGAAUCGGACGUGUCAGAGAUCGUGCAGGUGUCAGCAUCGGGGUUCUUUGAGGGAGGGGAGAUGGUUUUGUUGGAUAAUCAGGCGGUCAUGGACGCUCUCCUGGUGAAAGCGGAUCGGUUCUCGGAUUCGCUGAGGAAAGCUGGGUGGAGCUCUGAGGAAGUUUCGGAAGCACUGGGUUUCGAUUUCCGGUCGGAGAAGGAGAGGAAACCGGCUAAGAAGUUGUCUCCGGAGUUGGUGGAGAAAAUUGGGAAACUGGCUGAGUCGGUUUCCAGGUCGUCGUCAUGAUACGAUGGACAGCCAAGCCCUCUGUACUAUAAAAAAAAUCUGGGGCAUAUCGGCAGCAGACGUCGAGAUUCUUUUCUUUUUUUUUUUUUUGGGUUUUUGAGAUUUUCAAUACCUCGGGUUUGCCUUUUGCCUCUUUUGGGUAUAGGAGAGAAAAAGAAAAGUAUAAAAAUUCCGGAAAAAAGAAAAGAAAAGAAAUGAGAGGUAGAGUAUCAAACGAUUUUCUUGUCAAAUACUUGCUAGGUUCCACAGAAAAAUGGGUGGGGGUGCAUGUAUCAAAGUGGUUACGUUACUAUUAGGAGGAGGAUUUGAUGAUAUUAAUUGUUGUAAAGUGUAUGUGGAAUUUUAACAAAAAGAAAUCAUAUGAAAUUUGAUCUUUUCUUCUUUA